AUGCCGUCGAAUUCGUCACCGGAAACACCGGGUGGCUCACGUGAGUCGAAAAGUAGUCCCGAUUCAACAGAUCGUAAGAAAGCAACUCAUUUAAGAUGUGAGCGACAACGUCGAGAAGCUAUUAAUAUUGGAUAUCAGGAAUUGAAAGAGUUGCUGCCAGCAUCAUUUUCACCCAUUGGAUGUAAAACAACCAAUGCAGCAAUUUUAUUUCGUGCAGCUGAUUAUUUAAACCAGUUAAAAAAGGAAGAACGAGAUCUGAAUGAAACAGUAUCUCAGCUAACUGCACAGGUAUCAGCACUUGAACUUAUCGCCAAGCAAUAUGAAAAUAUGGCAGUAGGCAGUUGUACAUCCACCAGAUCUUCGAUUCACUGUCAAAUUCUGCAAGCUUUUCUCGAUUCAUGCUUUGCUUCGUUCCGCGGACAAGUGAAUGUUUCCAGCUUGCAAUCCGUAAUAGAGACAUUGCUACCUUGGGUGGAAGUCUUGGACUAUGAUGUUAGUUUCCGAGAAAACAAAAUGAGUGUUGCAAUGGAUUAUAAAAUUCCAGGUUGCUCCUAUUCGGAUGUGAUAGCUCAGGAGUCGAUGGAUUAUUCAUGUUUUAUGGAAGAGAGUGAAACACAACAACUUCUUCAACUUAAGCAAUUGAUUAUUUGUGGUAAACUUCGUGGUGAACUCCCAGCUGGUUUCUUAUCAUGCUUUCGUUUUCUUCCUAACGAACUAAUUAUUAAAAUUUGGAGUUAUCUGUCAUCAAGGGAAUUGCGAAGCUUUCGUCUUGUUUCAAAGCAUUGGAAAUUAUUAUGGGAAGAACAUAUUAAGAAUAAGCGUAAAGCAAUCACCAAACUAAGUAUAGCAUUAGAUGAAGAUAGUGGGAAGUUAGUAUUAAAAGCUGUUGCAAAUUCAUAUUUCGGACGUCAGGUUAAUGUUCCAAAUGUUGAAGAAAAUAUCCGACAGGCUUUUUCAUUAAUAACAUUUCCAGUCGUGCCUGAUCUCUUCUGUAUUAACUGUUUAUUAUUGUAUGGUAGAGCAGCAAGUGAGAUAGUUCUCCGAUUAAUUGCUAAACAAGAUUGGAUUAUUCAUACAGUGAAUGCUUUCCUUUCAUCGGGUGUUAUCUCAGACAAUAUCGUUGAAGCUUGUGGCCCAAAGCUGGUGGAAUUCGUUAUCGAUCUUAAUCAUGCUUGUGUGAAAAACCAACCGAUAGUGCUCACGGAUCAAUGUUUACCAUAUUUGAUUCGUGAUGAAGUGAUGGCGAUUAUACCACAUUCAAAUAUUACAGCUAACGGGAUUGGUGUGGCACUCAAGGCAUUCUUUUUUCGAAUUAAUCGUGUAACGAAUGCUGUUAAUUUCUUCACUGGUCGAGCACUUACUGCACGGCUUUGUCUUGGUUUGUCGGAAGCUGUUACAGCUAAAAAAAUUGGCGCAAUAAAAAUGAUUGUAAAUCAGGUUUUAGUUAACCGAUGCUAUCAUUCAUCAAGUGGUCGUGUCGGAUGUAACUUGAAGAUGAAACAUAUGAAAGAUAUUGGGGUGAUAGAAUUCACAUACAAAAACGGAGGUAGUAAGCGUAAGGAAUUCGGCGAUAUGCGACGAUUUUGUGUCGAAGUUGCCAAUGAAGUGAAGAUUCAGGAAUAUAUUGAUUCAUCAGCAAUCCGUGAUGUUAUUGUACAUUCAACCCCGCUAAAUUCUGAUAAAGUAUCAAGCAACAUUGAAUAUCCGUCUGAUGCUUAUAAUACUUCGGAAAAUCAGAGUGAUGGAUACGAAUACGGCACUUAUGAUAGUGAUGCUUUUCCUUGGGAAUUUUUUUGA